UUAACAGUGUGACACGCACCGGAAGUAAGCAACACAAGCGCUAGUAGCGCUAGCUGCAUGCAUUGAAUUAACUGGAAGAAGAUAUUGCAGUCGUAAGUCAGCUAAUUAUUUCAUUUGUAAUUAAGCAACAAUGUCUUCAGUUGAGUCUCUGAGAGAGUUUGUCAGCGAACGACUAACUGCAGCUGCUGAGGAAAUAUUUGGAGUUUUUAGAAAAACUAUCGUCCAGUACGAGGAAGAGAUCGACCGUCAGCGCAGACUGCUGGAUAUGGUUUGUAAACCUGAAAUACAGUUACACAGGACAGAGCUCCCACAGCAACAUGUCUGUAAGGAAGAGGAGGUUCUCGCUGACCAGCAGCUCUGUGUUCAGGAGAGGAACUCCAGUCUGGACCAGGAGGACCCAGAGCCUCCACAGAUUAAAGAGGAACAGGAGGAACUCUGCAGCAGUCAGGAGGGAGAGCAGCACGUACUGAAGCAGGAGACUGAUGUCUUUAUGUGGAUUCCUGCUUAUGAGGAAAGUGACCACAGAGAACCAGAACCAAACAGAGACCACCAGCUCCUCUCUCACAGCUCUCAUGUAGCUGAGAGUCAAGAUCAGGCAAGAGGCAAGCAUGAAGACAGUAACAAUGUAUACAACUCUCCUGUGUCAAAGAUUCACCUUAUUUCUCACAUGGGUAAAAAGUAUUUAAAAUGUGACACAUGUGGGAGAGCUUUCAAGUAUGAGUCCCAUUUGUAUAUGCACAUGAGAAUCCACACAGGGGAGAAGCCAUUUUCUUGCAAGGCCUGCAGGAAAAGAUUCUUUGACAUAUCCACAUUGAAAAGGCAUAUGAGAACCCACACAGGUGAGAAACCAUAUACUUGCAAUGCAUGUGGGAGAGCUUUCAGUCAGAGUGGUCACUUGACAAUCCACAUGAGAAGAGCCCACACAGGUGAGAAGCCGUACCUUUGCAAGACCUGCGGGAAAGGAUUCUGUAUUGUUUCAUCAUUAAAAAGGCAUAUAAAAACCCACACAGGUGAGAAGCCGUACCUUUGCAAGACCUGCGGGAAAAGAUUCUUUGACAUGUCGUCGCUGAAUAGGCAUAAAAGAGUCCACACAAGUGAGCAGCCAUAUACUUGCAACACAUAUACUUGAACAUGAGAACAGUCCGCACUCAUGAGAAGCAGAAUUACACUGCGAAGGUGUUAAAGGCAUAUAAGCUCACAUACAAGCAAGUAGCCAUGUAUUUGAAAAAUAUGUGGGAGAUGAAGUGAGGAGCCACAUAACUGCAGCUCUUGUGGGAAAGGUUUCACUCAAAUAAUAUACUUGGGGGAAAAAAACCCAGAGGAUCAAUAUACACAGGAGAAACCAUAGAGCUGAAAAUCCUGUGCAGACGUGUUCUACUACUGAAUUAAAUACACCUUUGCUACAUCUCUGUAACUGAAUGUAUACAUUUCAUAUUGACAAGAGGUUACGAUAUCUUAGUUAAUCAAGUAGUACAUUGUCAACAAUGUCAAGUUUUGUUGAACUUACCUCGUUUUCUUAUGAGUGGAUCGUAAACCCCUCUCUGACAAGUGAUGUUGGGUCACUUCUGUUGUCAUUAUUAGGGCAGUGAAAGACUGUUUUUCUGACCUCAUGUAUUUACAUAAGAAUAGUUAUGUUCAGAGGGAAUAAAUUAUAACAUGUAAGAGGUGUAAUGUUACAGCUUACCGGCUACAGGUUGUGUUAAAAUAUGAUUUUAAACUGUUUAGUAGGUCGAUCAGUGCAGUGGUGCAAGUACUUACUGUAUGUUCACAUUGAUUGUCUUCAGAUGGCCAAGAUUUCAUGUAAAUUCCACACAGAUAUGAACUCUGUAACACUUACAAUAAAUGAAAAAUUGAGGUAUGA